AUGGCCGCGCUGCUUCUCUCUCUUCUGGUGCUCUGCGCCGCACCGUUGCUCUCCUGCGCCGCCGCCCAGCGCGGCCCCGAUAGGCAAGCCGAGAUCGACGCUCUGACUACCUUCAAGCUCGACCUCCAGGAUCCGAUUGGCGCAUUGAACGGCUGGGAUGCCUCCACGCCUUCCGCCCCCUGCGACUGGCGCGGCGUCUUCUGCGACAAUAGUUCUCGCGUCUCGGAGCUCCGUUUGCCUCGGCUUCAACUCGGCGGCCGACUCAGCGACUCGCUUUCCAAGCUCAAGAUUCUGGGGAAGCUCAGUCUCCGGUCGAACUCCUUCAACGGCACUAUCCCUGACUCACUCUCUCAAUGCACGCGCCUACGCGCCGUCUUCUUGCAGAACAACUCUCUCUCCGGGAAGCUUCCGCCGGGGAUCGGGAACCUCACUGCCUUGCAAAUUCUCAAUGUCGCAAGUAACCGCCUCUCCGGCGAAAUCUCCGGCGAGCUACCUACGAGUCUUAUUUACCUCGAUCUCUCUUCCAACUCAUUCUCCGGCGAGAUUCCGAGGAGCAUCGCGAACCUGACGCAGCUUCAGCUCAUCAACCUGUCGUACAACCAGUUUUCCGGUCAGGUUCCGGCGAGCUUCGGCCAGCUCCAGAAGCUGCAGUUCCUCUGGCUGGACCAUAACCUCUUGGAAGGGACGCUGCCGUCGGCGAUAGCCAAUUGCGCGGCGCUGGUGCAUUUGAGCGUCGAAGGGAAUGCGCUCGGCGGCGUGAUUCCGGCGGCUAUCGGAGCUCUGCCGAAGCUUCAGGUGCUGUCGCUGUCACAGAAUAAUUUCUCUGGUAUGGUCCCAUCCUCGUUGUUUUGCAAUGCCUCAUUCAAUACGGCGUCGCUUAAGAUUGUCCAGCUAGGGUUUAAUUCGUUCACGGAUAUUGUUAAGCUUGAGACGGCCACAUGUUUUAGUGGUCUGGUGGUUUUGGAUCUUCAGCACAAUCGGAUUGGCGGCGAUUUUCCUUGGUGGUUGACACAGGUGCCCAAUUUGACAGUGUUGGAUGUUUCUAGUAACUUAUUUUCCGGCUUGGUGCCACCGGAGAUUGGAAACCUUUCGAGGUUACAGGAGCUUAAGAUGGCUAAUAAUUCAUUUAGGGGUGCAAUUCCGCAAGAGAUUAAGCAAUGCAGCUCACUAAGCGUGCUUGAUCUCCAAGGAAAUCAAUUUUCGGGUGAAAUUCCUGUGUUUUUGGGAGAUUUGACAGGUUUGAAGGUGCUGUCUUUAGGGGAAAAUCAGUUCUCGGGUUCCAUUCCUCCGAGUAUUGGUAAACUUUCCAGGCUGGAGACUUUGGGCUUGGGAGGGAAUAACUUGACAGGAACUAUGCCUGAGGAAUUGUUAAUAGGGUUGGGUAAUUUGACCACACUGGACCUGAGUGGUAACAAGUUUUUUGGUGAAGUUGCCAUCAGUAUUGGGAGUUUGAGUCAGUUAAUGGUGUUGAAUUUAAGUGGCAAUGGCUUUUCUGGAAGGGUUCCGACUAGCUUGGGUAGUCUUUUCAGGCUUACGACUAUUGAUCUGAGCAAACAAAACUUUUCUGGUGAGGUGCCCUCUGAGCUUUUGGGGUUACCUAAUUUACAAGUCAUUGCAUUGCAAGAGAAUAGGUUGUCUGGAGACAUCCCUGAAGGUUUUAGCAGUUCGAUGGGUCUGCAUUAUUUGAAUCUCAGUUCAAAUGCAUUUUCUGGUCACAUUCCAGAGAAUUAUGGUUUUCUUCGGUCAUUGGUUGUUCUUUCAUUGUCCAACAAUCACAUUUUAGGACCAAUUCCACCGGAGCUUGGGAACUGCUCCGAUAUUCAAGUUCUGGAGCUGCAAAUGAAUUCUUUGACUGGCACCAUUCCAGCCGAUCUCUCUCGCUUAUCAGUUUUGAAGGAACUUGAUUUGGGUAGCAACAACUUAACAGGUGGAAUCCCAGAGGAAAUCUCCAAAUGCUCAUCAUUAACUGCUUUGUUGUUGGACUCCAAUCAUCUCUCAGGCGGUAUACCACACUCAUUGUCUAAGCUAUUGAACCUGACCACGCUGGAUCUCUCCAAUAACAAUUUGAGUGGGCAAAUUCCUGGUGAUUUUGCAUCUAUUCCUGGCCUAGUGAACUUUGAUGUCUCAAUGAAUAACCUCUAUGGUGAGAUUCCAGUAACACUUGGUUCUCGGUUCAACAAUGCAUCAGACUUUUCUGGGAAUCAAAACUUAUGUGGCCUGCCAUUGGAAAAGAAGUGCAAGGAUCUAGACAAGAAAGACAGAAAUAAGAGGUUGAUUCUGCUAAUUGUGAUUGUUGUCAGUGGAGCUUGCCUAUUGUCUUUGUUGUGCUGCUUCUACAUUUUCAGCCUCUUGAGGUGGCGCAAAAAGCUCCAACAGGGAUCAUCUGGGGAGAAGACUAGAAGUAGUGCAAGGGCAAGCUCAGGGACAAGUGAGGGCCGUGGAAGCUCUGAUAGUGGAGUGCCAAAGCUUGUCAUGUUCAACAGCAAAAUCACACUUGCAGAGACAAUUGCAGCCACCAGGCAAUUUGAUGAAGAAAAUGUGCUGAGCAGAACACCAUAUGGCUUGGUUUUCAAGGCUUGUUAUGAGGAUGGUAUGGUGAUGUCCAUCCGUCGGCUUCCUGAUGCCACACUCAAUGAAAACAUAUUCCGAAAAGAAGCAGAAGCACUAGGCAGAGUCAAGCACCGAAACUUAACAGUUCUUCGCGGCUACUAUGCUGGUCCACCUGACCUCAGGCUUCUUAUCUAUGACUACAUGCCCAACGGUAACCUAGCUACCCUUCUGCAAGAAGCAUCACACCAAGACGGUCAUGUCCUCAAUUGGCCAAUGCGCCAUCUCAUUGCACUUGGAAUUGCUCGUGGCUUGGCUUUUCUACACACAUCUACACUUGUACACGGCGAUGUGAAGCCACAAAGCGUGCUAUUCGAUGCAGAUUUUGAAGCCCAUUUGUCUGAUUUCGGCCUAGACAAACUAACAUCAGCAACAAGCGCUACCACUCAAACCGAAGCCUCAACCUCAACCACAGUCGGCACAUUGGGUUAUGUCUCUCCAGAAGCAACACUAACAGGCAGAGUCACAAAGGAAUCAGACGUUUACAGCUACGGGAUCGUCUUGCUCGAGCUCCUAACAGGAAAGAAGCCAGUGAUGUUCACAGAAGACGAAGACAUAGUGAAGUGGGUGAAGAAGCAGCUUCAAAGAGGCCAAGUUGCCGAGCUACUAGAGCCAGGGUUGCUUGAGCUAGAUCCUGAGUCAUCCGAGUGGGAGGAGUUCUUGCUUGGAGUGAAAGUCGGGCUGCUUUGUACAGCACCGGACCCGCUGGAUCGGCCCACCAUGUCCGACAUUGUUUUCAUGCUCGAAGGCUGCCGGGUCGGACCUGACCUCCCCUCCUCCGCCGACCCGACAUCGCUACCGUCGCCGGUGUGACAUUGUUUUAAUUUGUUCAAUUUAUAUUUCCCAUUUUGUAGUUUCUAAUUGUAGUCGUUAGCAGAAUUUCAACAUUUCUGUCUUGGAAUCCGCCGGAAUUCAGUGAAAACCGAAAGACCAAAAAACAAAAAUUAUGUUUUCCAGUC